GUGGGAAAAUUGAGGUUAUGGCUCUCACGUGGACCUGAAUGUUUAUUUGUCAUGCAAGGCUGUACAAUUUCCUAAAAAUUAUGAGUAAACGAUCGAAAAUAAAUUUAACCAGUAUUAGAAAUAAAACUACUGAAGCCCCAAUUAAACCAGAAACAAAUCAUGAAGACGAUCAGACCGUGUCAAAGUACUUUGUCGCGGAAAUUCUCGAGCCGCAGAAGCCCAGAGCACCCAGAAAACGAAGAUCGAUCGAAAUAAAGUACGAAAAACGUCCAAAAUCUGCCGAGAAUCCCCCGAAAUCUACCGCAAAAAAACUCGAACCACCAGCGAAAAAUGCAACAACUGGGGAUGAUGAAAAACAUGAACAUGUAGACAACAACGAAUGGAUGCCAGAUAACUGGGAGAAGACCUUUGAACUCAUCAAAGAGAUGAGAAAGAAUAACACAGCUCCUGUGGACGAGAUGGGCUGUCACAAGUGUUCAGAUGAGAAAGCAAGUCCUCCAGUUUUUCGUUUCCAGUCGCUGUUAGCCCUGAUGUUGAGCAGUCAGACGAAGGAUCAGGUGACACAUGCAGCGAUGGAGAGAUUAAAGAUUUAUGGAUGCACCCCUGAACUUCUGCUCAAGACUCCUGAUGAUGUCCUGGGGAAAUUGAUCUAUCCUGUUGGAUUUUACAAGCGUAAAGUCCAGUACAUAAAGAACACCUGUGAAAUCCUCCUUCGAGAUUACAAAGGCGACAUUCCAGAUACAAUCGAAGGACUCUGUGCCCUCCCAGGCGUUGGCCCUAAAAUGGGCCACAUUUGCAUGCAAGUCGCCUGGAACCAAGUAACAGGAAUUGGAGUUGAUACUCAUGUACACAGGAUCUGUAAUCGUCUCAAUUGGGUUAAGAAACAGGCGAAGACUCCAGAGGAAACGAGGAAGCAGCUGGAGGAGUGGCUCCCCAAGCAUCUCUGGACUGAGAUCAAUCACCUGCUAGUUGGGUUUGGCCAGGAGAUCUGUCUACCUCAGCAUCCUAAAUGCGGAGAGUGCCUCAAUAAAAAUCUUUGUCCAUUCGCGAAGAAAGGCAAAGUAUGAAACAUCCAUUUUUUUCCUCUAAAGUGUCAGUAUUAUUAAUUAAUAAUGGAGUUUCAACAGCAGAAUGACGUAACGCCAUCAGUCAAUUUUUUAAUUUCUGUUUGUUGUCCAUUUUCACUUCCAAAUAAAUGAUUUUAGGGGAAAAUGUCGAGAUACUUUUCGUACAAAGGAGAAUUGAAUUUUAUACAAAAAAAUGUUCUCUGAUGUUUUCCUCUAAAAUCGCUAAUUAUGGAGAUAAAUUGAUGAAUAUUCGGUGAGAGAAGAUUUCAAGUCCACUUUGAAAUUUACUCUGUUGAUUCAUUAGUGUAUUUUUGUAGUGAAUUGAACCCACAGAAAAGAUUUCUCGCAAAAGGAGGUUUCAACUUCAAAUACAGUUUAAAAAAUCAGAAGAAACUUUAUGUUAAGAAUUAAACCAACUUAAUUAAUUACUUCCAACAAAAUAGACUUUUGAUAUUGCCCUCCAAAAUUACUACAUGUAAUGAAAUAGGAAAAAUUAAUUAGGUAGUUGUAUUACAUGUUAUCUUUCUACUACUGAUGUAGAAGGCAUGAUUUAGUAUUUUCAAACAAUUUAUUUAUUCAUGAUGCUACCGUUAUUGAUUGAUUGAAAAAUAAUUGAUCAACAGCAUGAAAUAUCAACGCAGAAUAAAAAGAAAAAUGAUUUGUUAAAAGACAAUUUAAUUUACAAAAUAAAAUACAAACUUUUUCAAGA